CUUUGCUUUAAGUAGAGUGACAGAAACAGAAUGUGUCCUUCCGGCAGAAGUAGAAACCCAAAUUUGGAAUAUUCUGCCAUGGUGUCUUCAGAUUUCCGGCCAGCAUUCGACUUUCUGGAUGUGGACAGGGACGGUAAGAUCAGCCCAGACGAUCUCCGGAGGUUCUACAAACGCUUCUCCUCUUCUUCCUCCUCCAGCUCUAAUGUUGCAUGCGAGGAGGACAUCAGUUCCAUGAUAUCGGUGGCUGAUUCCAAUAAAGAUGGCUUAGUCGAAUAUGACGAAUUCGAGAGAGUUCUGUUUCAGGUCCCUUCCCAAUCUCAGCCACCGCGUGACGACGACAAUUCGGUGAUGCAGGAUAUGUUCAAGGUCAUGGAUAGAGAUGGUGAUGGAAAAGUUGGGUUCCAUGAUCUCAAAAUUUACAUGAAGUGGGCGGGAUUACAGGCGAGCGACGAGGAUGUUAGGGCUAUGAUUAAAUUGGGUGGUGGAGAUGACCAUGAUGGGAUUUCUUUUGAAGGACUCCUCAAGAUAUUGAAUUUUGAUCUCAUCGGAAAAUAGAU